AUGGCCUCAAACCUCCCGAAGGAGUACAAAGUCGGCGUCUUCGAGGCCAAAGGUGAGCCGAUCAAGUUCAAGCAGGUCAAAUUGGAGCUGCCCAAGCCGGGUGAGGUCCUAGUCAAGGUCCUUGCCUGUGGUGUUUGUCACUCCGACCACGCCGUCCGCUUCGGAUUGUUUGGCAACAGCUUCCCCAUUGUUCCCGGUCACGAAAUUAUCGGCGAGGUCGCCGCCGUGCCAGAUACUGAGACGCGCUGGAAAGUGGGAGACCGCGUCGGAGGACCGUGGCACGGUGGCCAUGACAACACCUGCGUCUCAUGUCAGCGUGGGCUCUUCCAGAUGUGUGAGAAGGAAGCAAUCAACGGGGUCACCAGGGACGGAGGAUACGGGGAGUAUGUCACUUUGAGGACAGAGGCUGUUGUGCGGGUACCCACCGACGUCGACCCUGCCGAGUUCUGUCCGGUUCUGUGCGCAGGGGUGACGGUGUUCAAUUCUUUGAGGCAACAAAAAGUCCUUGCGGGAUCGAUCGUUGCGGUACAGGGACUCGGUGGACUCGGCCAUCUUGCGCUGCAGUAUGCAAGUAAGAUGGGAUACCGGACGGUCGCCAUUUCGUCGAGCUCUGACAAGAAGGAGUUCGCCACCCAGCUCGGGGCACAUGAGUACAUCGACGCCUCGCAGGGCGACAUUGGUGAACAACUCCAGAAGUUGGGAGGCGCUGCAUGCAUUCUGUUCACUGCGCCAAACGAGAAACUCAUUCCUUCGUUGCUCGGUGGACUGGGUCCGUUGGGCAAGCUCAUUAUCCUGGCAGCAUCGGCCCCCGCUGAGGUGAAUACGGCAUCCAUGAUUUCCAAGGGCCUCAGCAUUCAGGCAUGGCCCAGCGGUCACGCUCUUGACAGCGAAGAAGCCAUUUCCUUUGCUCAAGUGCACGGUGUGCAUGUCAUGAUUGAGAAGUUCCCACUGGACAAGGCCAAUGAAGCCAUGGAGAAGAUGACCAGCGGCAAGGUUCGGUUCCGAGGAGUUCUCAUCCCAUAG